CAACAGCAGCAGCAGCUCGAUCAUCUUCUUCUUCCUACAAGCAAAACCCUCGUUCUUCCUUUGUCGUGUUCUUCCUUUGUCGUAUUCCCGCCGUUGCGUUCUCAUCUUCGUCUUCAUGGAAGAAAGCUCAAACACAAGCAUCCUCUCUAAUGGAAGAACAAGACCCAAAUGUGGACACGAUCUCCCAAUGAAAAUGUUUAUUUCCAAAUCCAAAGCAAAUCCAGGGAGAAAAUACUGGAAGUGCAAGCACUGGGGGAAAGAGGAGGAUUGCGAGCUGUUUCUAUGGGAUGAUGAGUAUUUUGGAGUGGACGUUUCAAAGGAAGAUCGUUUGGUCUGUACGUGCGAGACUGUGGCUCACCAGAUUAAGAUGCUCACGAAGGAGAUCGAAGAAUUGAAGAUUACUAUUGACAACACUAGAAAAGUAGUGAAAUUUGUGAUAUCAAUAGUUGUUUGUUACUGUGUGUUUUAUGGUAUAGGCUUAGGUAGAAUGUAAGAAUUUAUGUUAUAGGCUUAGGAAGAAUGUAAGAAACAUGAUUUCAUGAAUGUCGUGUAACUCAAAUUUCUAAUGUGAAUCAGUUGCUCAAUUAUAUGUAACAGACCAUAUUCAAUUGUUAUUUCA